UACAGUUUUGAGCCAGAUGCCAGCUCAGACAAGGAAGACAAAGAUGUUCAUUGAUCUGUGUGCAAGUGAAUGCAUCAGAAUGGAGCAGAGCAGGGAGCUUGAUCUCUGCCGAUUGUAGUUUCUUUUACAAACACGAUCUUUUUUUAAUCUGAUUCUUUCGUCUGCUCCUGAUUCACAGCAAUUUGAAUAAAGAAAUAAUCAGAAACACAAAUUUAAUCUUAUUUUUUCUUUAUAUAUGUCCUCCAUCAUAAGAAAAUGCCUUUAACAGACUUUUUUUCAUCUGGAAUGCAACAUUUAAGUUUAUUUUAUUUGUUGUGUUGAAGUCCAAUAAUUGGUUUACAAAUCUCGUCUUCCAGCAUCCUGGGAUCAAAUUCAGGGGGGCAAAGAUUUGACCAAUAGGUGGGACCAAGUUUAACAGAUAAAGGAAAUAAACUGAAAUGUGUGUUCAUAUUCACUUUGUAAUUGUUAAAUUGUUGAACAUCUAAUUCUAUCAAUUAAGGAGAAAAAUGCCUGUUAGCACUGUUUUAUCCAUUUAUUGAAUCAGAACUUUUUUUCCUUUGCAAUAAAGACUUUAAAUGAGCGAACGUUUCUUCUUUUUGUAUAUAUAUAUUUUUUUUUACAACCCAAAACCUCGCACGUUUAAUAGUUUUUUUUUCUAUGUUGCAUAAUUGAGUUGAACUCAAAUGAGUUAAGGUGCAGCCAGUUUGCUGCUGCUGCGGAAGGAGUCGGACCAGGUGAGGGGCUGCUUUGAGGGGCAUUUUUAGUCCGCCCGGGAUGAAUGCAGACAUCCCCUUCUCUCCAAACUAUUCUCUUCAGAGCCGGUAGCCCCUUGCUGAGUUGGUCGCAAUCAUUGUUUCUCUGCAGCAUUAACCACAUUCCAGAGAGGCGCAGCGCAUCCCGUCUUCCUCCCCGCAUUCCUUUCAGGCAAACGAGUCCCCUGCGUAAAACGGCGUUUUCCUCGGGUUUUCCUGCGUGCAGCGGUCUCACAUUUCCACCAAAGUCUUAUUUAGGGGUUCUGUAAUUAUCCAACCUGCAGUGGUUUAAAGCAAAGCGGUCGUGGGAGAAACCUCGACGGAAAACCAACGAGGGGAAAUUCCUCCGCGCAGCGCGCCAUUGACUGUAAAGACCUUUCAACUUAACAAAAACUGAAGUUGACAAACGUCUCCCUGUCGACUGAAAGUGUGAGAAAGAGUUUUAUUUUCUUGGCGGAGCGGGGAAAGCGGAAGAAGGCGAUGCGGCUGGCGGCGGAGGGUCGUGGACACGCUGGCGGUUUUGCGUAAACGAGCGGCGGCGUUUUUGUUUUGAUUUCCAUGUGAAAUGCAAUUAGUGCGCCGCGGAGCUCGCUAGUUUGGCUCUCGGAGCGCAGAGCACUCUGGAACUUGUUUCUCGCGCAACAUGGAGCAUUAUCAGGAAGACCUGGGACUCCGGGCCGCGGCACUGAUGGAGGAUCUUUCCUUGUACGACUCAUUUAAUGAUGGGAUGUACAGUGCGCGGAGAAACUUGGUGAUAAAUCCCGAUUUGGACUUUUCCGCUCCGGCGGAGCUUCAGACUAAGCCGAUGAAUGGCACCUCUGUGCUCCACCAGCAGCAUCACACGCUGGAGAAUUUCACGGCGGGGAAUAAAGUGUACAACGCGGCUCCGGUGCGCCCGGUGAGCUGCGCUCGGACCGUGCCUGUGGACUUCUGCACCCCCCAGAGAGAAGCGGUGUACAGCGAGGAGAGCUGCUACAGCAAGUCCGAAGUGGCCCUGCCCUGUUACACCGGCACGUCCGACCGGCACCGGCGGUACUCUCUGGAGGUGCAGGGCCACCGGUACAGCACCGGCUCCACGUUCGACGGCGUGCCCCUCAACAAAGCGGUGCCUCUGCCCGGCAACAGGUGCAACAGCGUCUGCAUUACCAGCAGCCACGACGGCAGGUACAACGCCGCCAGCCCCCGCUCCAGCCUGGCGUCCUCUCUGUCCUCCCAGGAGCAGAGCAAGCACGCCAGCCCGCGGUCGAGCAUCAGCAGCCCGCGCGCCAGCCUGGUGGUGCUGGGUCAGGACCGGUACACCAGCCCCAGGUCCAGCUUGGUUCACAGCGAGGGCAACAGCGUCGUCAGCCCCCGAUCCAGCUAUGCAAGCACGGCCAGCGACACGAGCAAGCACUCCAGCCCCCGGGCCAGCCUCAACAGCUGCGACUGCUGCAGCAAGCCCAGCAGCAACCGCACCAGCGGCAUCAGCAUGGGCUACGACCAGCGGCACACCAGCCCCAGGUCCAGCACGGCCAGCCAGUACUCCUUCACCACCAGCCCGAGGUCCAGUUACUCCGACUCGCGGUACGGACCCGUGGGCAACCCGGACCUGGAGCCGCUGGCGAGUCCGCGCUCCAGCAUCUGCAGCCAGGACGGGAGAGCGGGCACCGGCGCCAACUGCGCGCUCAGCCCGCGCUCCAGCAUCUCCAGCCACAGCUCCAGGAGCUCCCGCAGCUCCCGGGGCUCGAUGAGCGCCUACCCGGACCUGCAGCUGCCCUCCCCCAGAUCAUCCAUGCUCGGGACCAGCUUGCACGAGGACACCCUGCUGCAGGAAUUCGGGGAUUCGAACGGAACCCAGAGCCGCAUCCAUCUGCAGCCGGUGCCUGAACCGCAGCUGCAGACGGCGCAGCCGGUGGGGAUCCCGGAGAUAACCACCAGUGGCUCCCCGUCCUCCUUUAACUUUGGCGUGUCCUCUAAAACGGCCUCACCCGCACAGAGGUUUAAGUUACCCUACCAGGUGACCCCCAACCGGGAGAGCGGACCGAGCCAGGCAGAGAGGCGGCUGGAGGCGCUCACCCUGGAGCUGGAGAAGGAGUUAGAGAUGCACAUGAAAAAGGAAUAUUUUGGUAUCUGCAUCAAAUGUGGGAAGGGCGUGUACGGGGCCAGCCAGGCUUGUCAGGCCAUGGGGAACCUCUAUCACACAAACUGCUUCACCUGCUGCUCGUGUGGAAGAAGGCUGCGAGGAAAAGCUUUCUACAACGUCAAUGGGAAGGUUUAUUGUGAGGAGGAUUUUCUGUACUCCGGUUUCCAACAGACGGCGGAGAAGUGCUUCGUGUGUGGUCACCUCAUCAUGGAGAUGAUCCUCCAGGCGUUGGGCAAGUCCUACCAUCCUGGCUGUUUCCGCUGUGUGGUUUGUAAAGAGGGUUUAGAUGGAGUUCCUUUCACUGUUGACGUGGAAAACAACAUCUACUGUGUCAAAGACUACCACACAGUUUUUGCUCCCAAAUGCGCCUCAUGCAACCAGCCCAUCCUUCCUGCUCAGGUAAAGAACAAUCAGACGGGCUCAGAGGAAACCAUCCGAGUGGUAUCUAUGGACAAGGAUUACCAUGUGGAGUGUUACCAGUGUGAAGACUGUGGACUUCAGCUAAACGAUGAAGAGGGCCACCGCUGUUACCCCCUGGAAAGUCACCUUCUCUGUCACGGCUGCCACAUCCACCGACUCCAGUCUAAGGUCCCGGCCCACCCGCCUCCAAGCUACCCCCUCCACGUUACUGAACUGUGAAGGACCAAACCAAGUACCCCUUCCAAGAUCUGAGACACCAAAUGCAGAAAAGCCACGAAGAGGCAAACUGAGGUGCUCUUAACCCCCCUACCCUCAGCAGGACAGCCCGGGUGGGGACCUGUACUCCGCAGCUCCUCUGCAACAUCACACUGGGGAGAAAGGGUUCCCGCCCUCUUCCUCCAUCUGCACCCCCCCCUUUCCCCUUCAAGCGCGUGACCCUGAAACCCGCUCGCCCAGAGGCCCCAUGCUGACGUCACUCCUUCUGACCUCUUCCCAUCCUGCCCCCCCCCUCUCCCUCUCCUGGCUCUUCGCUCCGACUGAAGCGGCUUAGGCAACGCCGUCUGGGCCAAUGCUGCCGUCGAUUGUGACGGAAGGUGCAGCGACAUUCUGGUGCUGGCUGGACCGGGCAGGCAGUGUCUUUGGAGCAGCUCAAACAGAAUCCUGCUACAGGCUAUGCAAGCGACACCCAGCGUCACGACACAGAGCUGUGCAAACUAGAACCUGACAGAACUCGGCUCUGUGCCGACAUCAGAGUAGCACCACAGUCCCAGAGGACCGCCUGACAUUCCUCUUAGACAAGAGAUUCACCAUGUCUUAAUUAAUGAUCAUAUCAUGAUGGAAAAAAAAUUUAGAUGCACAUAGAUUGUUUUUUAUAAGUAAAUAUAUAUUUCGCAGAGGAUUUCCACAUAAAUUUCUAGAUGUAGAUUUUUUUUGAUCGUACUUUUGCUCUAUUGAAGUGGUCAGAGGUGAAGCUCUUGCCAGGCUUUUGGCUCCGUUGUAUCAUUUUUCCUUCAGGAACCGGAGCGUCUCCACGUCUGUCAGAGGGUCAGGGAUCCACACCCUCUGUGGGAACAGACUUUGAUCAAACAGUAUUUGCACAUAAGUAUGUUUUGUGCUUCCUUUGAUUAACUGCUUCUUUUUUUCUCCCAUACAUUUCUUUAUUUUUCCAUUUUUUUGGGUUAAGUAACUAAAGUAAUGGCUUUACUGCUAAGUAGUCAGUUUGAAGUUUGCACCCCUUCACCCUACAAAUCAGUAUUAAUGUAAAAAUGCACACAUUUUCCAAAAACUGUUUAGUCUCAACUCCUUAAACUCUUACAAAAUCAUUAUGUUGGACUCUUUUCAAAUGUUUUUCAGAGCUGAAACAAAAAAAUAUGUUUAUUUGCAAAUCAGUUUGCUCAACGUCUGCUCAGAAAAGGUGUCUCCUGCUGAUUCACACUGUUUUUUGUCACAUGAGCACAUAGGCUGAUCAUUUUAUGAGGAACCUCCGUUCAUCCACUUGCCUUAAAACAGAGUAGGUGUGUUUUUUGUGCGGUCCGCCAUGAAGUCUGCUGUUGUGUUCUGGGGGUGGGGAUGGGAGAUUUGUCCCUGAAAUCGUGAAGAUGCUGGUCCCACUCAUGUUUUUUUAAGGGAUUUUAACCUGCGUGUUUGCCCAUGCUGGCAGGCGCUCACGUGUUUAACCCAGUGAGAGUGUGUGUAUAUAUAUGCAAAAGAAGAGCCGCAUGAGACAGAAACACUUGAAACAUGGUGCUGGAAGGAUGCUCUCACUUUUCCCCGCUGGAUUCAAGCUAAAUUGCCAUCUGAAGACCUUUGGUUUAAAUUCUCAUUUAAAGCGAAACGAUUUGUCAGUUUUCUGCAGAUAAACCCCAACAUUAUAUGUGCUUAUUUCACAUGUUGUCUUAAAGUAUGACUGUGUGAGGGUGUGUGUGCAGUGGCGGGUACAUGGCACAUGCACCUCACUGUGUUUUGCAGGGCAGCAAGCUCUCCGCGCCGUCUUAAUAGCACAUAUCUUACUCCAAGAUGUUUGUGUCUAGUUCCUGGAUACCAGAUGUGGAAUAUGAAGGGUUUGCACAAAUCUAUCAGCUUAUUUGCCUCCACCUGUUCAAAAAAAAAUAUCAGUCCCCAGCCAUUGCUUGCAAAUAUCUGAACUGCGCUGUGAUGCUGCAGCAAAUUUUAAACUACUGAAUGUGUCAGAAACAAGAGAGUGAAGCCAGGAAAACUCACGAGUAAAGUAUGUUUGCGAUGUAACUGCAAUCUAACGAGAUUCAUGUGAAUGUAAAAAUGAUUUGUGCUUUCAAAAGUGGAGGGGAAAAAGGACUGCAAAGUGUACAGGAGAAAUACCCCCAUUGUCCUAUGGUUGACCCCAUCUUUGGGUCAAGUGCUGUACUUGAAAAACGAGUCUGAAUGAACCUGCACAAAAAUCUCCAACUGCAGAAAAACCCAACCGGAGAGAAUCCCCUUUGAAGCUGUCUUAAUUCACGUGUUUAAAAUUACUACUCCAGUUUCAGUUGGAUAGCACACAACUAGUGAUUCUGUACAUAAAGAGAGGUUAGUAUUUUUUUUAAUCAUAUUUUCCUUUAAAAAAACAAAUCACUUGGACAGAGCACACUUCUUCUCCUCCUCUUACCGGUAGUUCCAACAAGCACAUCUCAACACCUGUCACGUCUUUUUAUGUCGCUAAGUAUUUUUGAGUACCUAGAUGCAUCAUUUAAAAAGGAGACUAGAUUUAUUUAUCUAAACAUGACCUGAGAAAAGUCUAAAGUUAUUUAAUGUAUUAAAAUCUGGAUGUAUCAUUUAACUGUAGGUGAUAUAAUCUGCUUUUUCAAUAAAGUGGUUUUGUAGCUAUCUCAAAAA